AUGGCGCCCCCAACCCCAUCGGAGAUUCUGAAUGGAAUUGCCGCGGCCCGCAUCGCAUUUGACAAAAAUGAGGCGGGGUCAAGAGAAGCUCUGAUUGACUACAGUCGCGCGCUCAUCGCAGCACUGGAGAUUCCAAGCGAGUUUGUACAGCGUACCUUCUGGGCAGAACCUGCUCAAUCCGCCACCAUCCGUGUCGCCGUUGAUGUUAAACUUUUCCAACAUCUUCAGGAAGCAGGGUCCUCGGGACUUAGCCCAGCCGCUUUGUCUGAGAAGACCGGGAUCGAUGUCGUUCUCCUCCAACGACUAACCCGACAUCUUGCUUCCAUGAACCUUAUCAUUCUCCAUGACGGCGCAUUCUUUGCGACGGGUUUAAGCAAUGGACUGGCAGCAGAGAACUAUCAACAUAGCAUCUCUUUCUGCUAUGAUGUGUCCCGUCCUUCCUUCAAUGGAUUUCCAGAACAUUUCAAAAAGAAUGGAUACAAGCCUCCAACUCUCAGUGGAAUAGACGGCCCCUUUCAAUUCGCGCAUAACUCAGAGUUACCAUUCUUCGAUUGGCUCGUUGCGACGCCUCCACAUCUAGAUUAUUUCAGCUCCUUCAUGAGCGCAUACCGUGCCGGCAAGCCAGACUGGUUCGACUUCUAUCCGGUGCAAGAGCGGAUGAUUGAAGGUUUUGACUGUACCGCCGGUAACGCUCUCUUGGUUGACGUCGGUGGUGGCCGGGGUCAUGAUGUCGCGACUUUCGUUUCAAAAUACAAGUCUCACCCGGGCAAGAUCAUCCUUCAGGAUCGCGAGCCCGUCAUUGCCGAUAUGCUCGCUGGCGGGGCUGAGCAAGGCUUUGAGGCGCAAGCCCAUGAUUUUUUCACGCCUCAGCCCAUCACGGGUGCUCGUGCUUACUCACUUCACUCCAUUAUGCAUGAUUGGGGCGACGAUGAGAGCGUCAAGAUCAUUGAGAACCUUGUCCCUGCACUCAAGAGGGGCUACUCGCGCGUGCUGUUCAAUGAGAUUGUUGUUAGCGAAGAGAAGCCCACACUGGCCGCAACAAACAUGGAUAUGAUGAUGCUGGCUCACUUGAAUGUCCGCGAGAGAACAGAAGCUGAAUGGAUAAGCUUACUUGCUAAGGGAGGGUUAAAGGUAGUCGAGAUUCACACGUACCCAGGUGUUGCAGAAAGUUUAAUUGAGGCGGAGUUGGCCUAG